GGAACUCUUUCUUCCACACCUUUUUCCGGCGGUGCGAUGGUUCGCUGAGCGGCGGUCAAGGAUUCUAUCGUCAAUGGAGGAAGGGAGGCCGGCGGUUGCAGCGAUGACGUUGCUGUCUAGGAUGAGCGACGGGCAGGCGACGGAGCUGAGGGAGCUUGAGAAUACAUACGAGGGGGUGAUAGAUGAGAAUUCUAGGGUUUAUGCGGGGUACUUAAAGGAGCUUUUGAGAUCGGGGGAUGGGAUAAGUCCGCCGGAGUUGGUUUUCCCGGCGCUUAAUGGAGUGGAAGAGGAGAUCAAUGAGAUGGUGGAUGAGGCGAUUGGUAGGGGGGAUAUAGGAUCGACAAAUGGACGGUUUAAUCCGAUAUGGGCUGAAGCAGAUCAAUCUACAGAAUUUUCUAACGGGGAAAUCAACGAAGGACAGUGCAGCUAUAAAAGGGCUCCUUCCCUGUAUCCUCAAAGAGUGCCUCCACAGCUUUUCCGGCAACCUUCGACUGAAACUAUAAAUAACAGAAAAAAUAUCAUUUUGGAUGCUGUCCAAGCAUUUUCUUCGGCUGAAAACUCUGAUGAAUCUUCUUCCGACCUCGAACCUGACAUGGGGGAGGAAGAUAGAAAGAGGCCAUCUUUGAGGCUUAAAACCGAGUACCAGAGGAAGAAACAGACAUCCAUAGACUCUACUUGUUCUUCAGACCUGUCGAUGAUCGAUGACGACAAAUUUCUCGCCUCGAGCAAGCCCGCUCCACCGAAGGAUUUCGUGUGCCCCAUAACCAGCAACCUAUUCGACGACCCAGUGACGUUGGAGACUGGUCAGACUUACGAGCGUAGAGCCAUACAGGAGUGGCUGGAGCGUGGAAAUAUGACUUGCCCGAUCACUCGACAAAAGCUUCAUAGUUCCAAAUUGCCGAAAACAAAUUACGUGCUCAAAAGACUAAUAGCUAGUUGGCGAGAAGAAAAUGCUUAUUCGACUGUAACUCCUUCAUUGAGGAGCCCUUCUCCAGAGCUCAGUCAGCCAAAUCCACUAAAGCGCUCACCUUCCCCAACUACUGUCAUUACCAAAGCAUGUGUUGAUGGCGCUACAGGUGAUCUUCCACUUGCCAUUAACACCCUCUGUACAUCAGAUGUUUUGAGUGAAGCAGAGAUGGCUGUUCUUCAGAUCGAGCGUCUCUGGAGAGAAAGCGGUGCAGGAUCUCAAGUUGUUUCAGCACUUUCGAAACCUGCUGUGGUUAAUGGGUUUGUGGAGAUAUUGUUUAACUCCAUUGAUCUGCAAGUGCUUAGAACAUCAGUUUUCCUUCUUUCUGAGCUGGCCUCCAUGGACAAGCUUGUUAUUCAGACCCUGAGUAGUGCUGAUUCAGAUGUGGAAUGCAUGGCAGCACUGUUCAAGAAAGGACUGGCAGAGGCUGUUGUGUUGAUUUAUUUGUUGCAUCCUUCCUGGGAAAGACUUAUAGAAAUGGACAUGGUUGAGGCCUUGCUAAUGGUUUUGAAGAGCAGAGAAGAUGAUUCUUCUAUCUCGUGUAUGAAGCCCAAGACUGCUUCUAUUCUUCUUUUGCAGCAGAUUCUGGCAAGCGAUCAUAAAAUUUCAGCAGAUGUUGUUGAUGUUUUGAUUUCUGAAGGAGUUGUUGAGAGUAUUAUUUGGAGUUUGGCUGCUGAUUUGGAGGAGGUGAGGAUGGCUGCAAUCAGGAUCUUAGUUAGGUGCAUGGAAGUAGAUGGGAAUUGCAGGCACGUGAUUGCCGGCAAAGCUAAACUGGAAAUCAUCCUAGAAAACUUCGCCACUGUUGGUGACAUGGAACGUUUUGAAAUUGUUCGAUUUCUUUUUGAGUUGGUUAAGUUAGACAGGAGGACAUAUAAUGAGAGGCUUCUUCACAUUAUAAAAGAUGGUGGUAAAUUUAGCACGAUGCAUGCGCUCGUUGUUUAUUUACAGACUGCUCUACAGGAUCAGUCUCCAAUCAUUGCGGGUCUUCUUCUUCAACUUGACAUUUUGGUGGAGCCAAGGAAGGCGAGUAUAUACCGGGAAGAAGCCAUAGAUGCCCUUAUCUCAUGCCUCAGAAAUCCAGACAUCAACAAUAGUCAACUUCUAGCUGCUGAGACAAUUGUAUCCCUUCAUGGAAGGUUUUCUUCCUCAGGGGAGACUGUUACCCGAGCUUCUCUUUUAAGACGAGCAGGGUUGAAGAAGACGAGCAGGCCAUUAAUGGGAUCAGACCAGAUUGACUAUAAUCAAGAUAACUCUGAUGAAAAUUUGGAAGAAGAUAAGGUUACUGAUGAUUGGGAAAGAAAAAUGGCAUAUGCACUAGUUAGCCAUGAAUUUGGGUUAUUGUUCGAGGCUUUAGCUGAAGGGCUUAAGAGUGAACAUAGAGACCUCUUUUCAGCUUGUCUUAUCUCCGCAAGUUGGCUUACUUACAUGCUUUCUAUUCUUCCUGAUACGGGGCUUCGUGGUGCUGCCCGGGUUUGUUUGCUCAAACAUUUUGUUUUGGUUCUCAAGUCUGCAGAUGAUGUUGAUGACAAAGCACUCGCGAUGCUAGCCCUUAGCAGCUUCAUGAAUGACACUGAGGGCAUGCAUGACCUUACUUUCCAUAUCAAGGAUAUGAUAAAAACUCUAAGAGAGCUGAAGAAGUCUUAUGUUUUGGCCAAUGAAAUGCUAAAGCAUUUAUGCCGUGGGCAAGAAUCAUGUAUGCUGGAGAUGUGGAAUCAUCAAGUAAAGGCUCAGGUAGAUUGUAGCAUUCAUGGGGAAGUUCUAUCAAUAGCUUACUUCAAGAAUAGGAUUAUUUCAGGACACUCGGACGGAACAAUUAUGGUAUGGGGUAGUGGAGAUAAACUUCUUCAUCAGAUCCAAGAAACUCGAGAACACACAAAGGCUGUCACCAGCUUAGCAGUUUUACAGUCCGGAAAAAAACUGUUUAGUGGUUCGGUUGAUAAAUCUGUGAGGGUUUGGUCUUUGCAUGAUGGACACAUUAAUUGCAUGGAAUUUCAUGAUACGAAGGAUCAAGUUCAUAAUCUAAAUAUUGCAAACAAUAUGGCUUGUUUCAUUCCACAGGGAGCUGGCGUCAAGGUACUUACAUGGAAUGGUGCUUCCAAGAUACUAAAUCCAAACAAGUCUGUGAAAUGCUUGUCUCUUGUUCAGGGAAAGCUUUAUUGUGGCUGCAGUGAUGGUAGCAUCCAGGAAAUUGAUCUAGCCACAGGAACACUAGGCACAAUACAAGCAGGAAGCAAGAAGUUGUUGGCAAAAGCUAAUCCAAUCAAUGCAUUACAAGUUCAGGAUGGAUUGCUCUAUUCGGCAAGUACCCCUUUGGAUGGAGCUGCAAUUAAGAUCUGGAAUGCUUCAAAUUACAGUCCAGUGGGUUCAUUGCCAUCCAUUCUUGAAGUAAGAAGCAUGACCAUAAGCUCAGAACUGAUAUAUUUGGGUUCCAAGACUGGAGCUGUGGAGGUUUGGUCCAAGGAGAAGCUUUCAAGAGUGGGAACCCUUCAGACUGGCAAUAACUGCAGGGUCCAAUGCAUGACCUUCAUCAACGACGAGCUUCUCCUCGUCGGAACUUCUGAUGGAAAGCUUCAGGCUUGGGGAUUAAUUUAGAGGGGCCGGAAUCAGAGUACAUUUAUACAGAAUGAUAGAACAAAAAUGAUUCUUUAUUCAUUAAUUAACUUUUUCUUUGUAAGUUCUCCUUUUUCUUGAUUUUUGAUGGAAAAUGUAUGCUUUGUUGUAAUUAUCGAUUUGUUGGAGAACCACAACUGUAUACUAAACUCUUGGAGCUAUUUAUAGUAUUUUGUAUUGUU